UUUAUUCCUAACUAAACAUGCCUUUCAUGUUUAAUGAAGAAGGAAAGAUGGAUUAGGUCACUAACCUCACUUGAGCUUCCCAAACCUCAAUUUUCUUGCUUCUUAUGGGUAUCUAUGGCUUCCUUAUGGAGUGGGGAGUAUUUUUUGUGAGGGGUACUAAAGGUUUUGAUGGGCAGAUGAAGGAAUAUUCAAGCUUGAAGCUUGAAAAAAAAAAUGGUGAAGAGAAGACCAAAGUGGGCGGCACAAAGGAGAAAGAAGAGGAAGAAGAAGAACUUUUUGUACAAAUGAUGCUAACUUGUCUCAUGAGGUUGACCAAAGAAACAGAUGAAAAAGGAUGGACUCCACUUCACUAUGCUGCGUACACAAGAAAACAGUCAGCGGUCGAGUUCCUAUUAGACAAUGAUAUAUCUAGCGCCUAUAUUGCUGAUAAAGAUUGGAAGAGGACUGCUCUUCACAUUGCAGCCUGUCGAGGCUUCCAAUGCGGAAUGGAAAAAAUCAUUUCAGUAUGUCCAACUUGCUGCGAAAUUACUGAUAUUAGAGGCUGGAAUGUUAUUCAUUAUGCAGUGAUCAGUCAAAAUGAUGAAGUACUAAAAGCAGUGCUCCAAAAAUCAUCAUUGAUUUAUCUUUUAAAUGAGAAAGAUGUUAAAGGAAAUACGCCUGUCCAUUUAUAUCAGGCUUGUCAUCCUCGUUUGCCUUCUUUCAUACGACAUGGAGAUACUGAUAUGUUCAAGCAUUGGAAAACAUUGCGCAAGCAAAUUCAAAAUGAAAGAGACUUUCCGUUAAAAAAGAAUGAAAUUGUAGCGUGGAUGAAAGAUCUUGGCACUGGACCAUUGGGGAAAAUUGAAAUGCAAAACAUAGAAGGGUCAAAGACAAAUGAAAAUAUGAUACUUAAAUUUGAAAAAGUUAAAGACUCUCAUUUGGUAGCUGCAGCACUUAUAGCAACAGUAACGUUUGCAGCAAUGUUCACCGUACCUGGAGGUUAUGUAAGUGAUGAAAACAAUUUAAAGAAGGGGACUCCUAUCUUAAGCGGAAAUUCAGCUUUUACAGCAUUUAUGAUAUCAGACACUAUAGCUAUGGUUUUAUCCACUUCUUGUGUCUUUAUCCACUUUAUACUGGUGAUGUUAGGAUAUCUGGAAAGAUACUAUUGGUUAAUAAAAUGUGCCUUCAGCUCCCUCUUCUAUGCUAUGGUAGCAAUGGUGAUUACAUUUGUGACUGGCGCUUAUGCAGUUUUAGCACCUCCCUUUGGAUAUGGCGUUUGUGCCAUCGGAUUGAGCUUCUUCUGCUUCAUAUUUUAUUCGAUCAUAAGCGUAACAUGGAGUUUAUUUCGUUUGGAGGACGAUGAUGAUGAAGAGGUUAAUAGCUACAAACAACAAAUAAAAACUUUCUCUUGGCUGACUGGCGGAAUUUUUUGGUUGGGUUUCUUGUUCAUUGCCCUUCGUUUGGAGCUUCGAGAUAUGUUUAAAAAAUUUAAAAGUUGGUGGAAGGAGUAAGUCAACCGAUUCAUCAGGUGUUAUUAGAUGCCAGGAAAAAGAGACACGUACUUGCUAUUAUCCCAUGGGAUGUAAAUAGCGUCUCCCUUCAUAUGGAUGUGUUUAAUUUAACUGACUUUUUACAUUUUUACUUUAAAAACAUUUAGAAGGAAUAAAUGUUCAUUAUUAGGGUAAUUUCUUAUGACACUAAAGACACAUAUACUCGUUAUUAGCUUAAUAGCAUAUGUGUGGCGUGUUAUAUCUUUUUAUUUUAAUUCAUGUAUAUAUUUACUAGGAUUGGAAUUUAUAUUUACUAUAAAUAAAUAAUUUUAUAAUAGAUAACAA